AUGCAUUCCAUCACACUCAGCACCAUCUCCCUCACCCUCGCCCUCCUCUCCACCUCGACCACCGCACAAAGCACCGUCACAGGCGCAUCACAGCUCUCCGACGGACAAAUCCAAGCACCCACAAGCACAGUACUGGCGUCAACACUAUCAUCACCGGCCGACCCAUCCGUGACAACCACAACGUCCGCGCCCUAUGAAAACCCAUUCACCGUCUACCUGACACAGACCAACUCUCUGGGCGUCAUCACCGGCCACCCAGAAGUCGUCACCAGCCAGCCCGCAGUCGUGACCUCGCAGCCUCCGUCCGCCACUCUGCCCUCGCUUUCGGGCUACUGGUACGGCAACGGCACCACCACGGCCAGCAGCACUGAGACGUCCGAGGCUCAGCCCACCACCCUUGCCACGAGUACUGUUUCUGGAAGUGGAACUUCCGCUGCCUCGGGUUCGAGGUCCGCCACUGCCACUUUCGCGCAGGCAACGGGUGCUGCCGUGUCGAGUAGAAUGGUCGGCGGCGCUGGUUUGUGCUUGGUUGCGCUGGCCAUGGGCUUUUCCAUGCUAUAA